CGCUUUUCCAUUUUUUGCACCUUCGACCUUUUUGUGACUUCCGCGACAGAGACACAAAGACUAGCCAAGUCAGGACAGCAAAGGGCAGGAGGCAUGGACGGGUCGACGGCAUCGACGUCGUCCUUUGCGGCCUUUGCACAGGCCCUCAACCAGUCCAAGGCACAGCCCGUGGCAUCGCUCCUCGAUGCGCAAACGGGCCUGGCGCAGGUGUUUGCGUCAGCAUGCUCGUCGCGCGCCGCCUCUGCGCUGAGCGGCAUGGGCGUCGGUCCACGCACCAUCGGUUUCCUAGACAGAGAGAGGGGGACAGCAGCCGGCGGAGAGGGGGUCGGUGGUGAGAAUGACGACGAUGGUGAUGAUGGCGAGGCAUGGGAGCUCGAGGAGCAGACGUGGAACCUCAUCCACCUUUUGUAUGCUGAGAGGCUGCAGAGAGCCUCGUCGGAUCCUUCUUCGUCAUCAGCGGAGCGAGUCAAGAAUCCGUACGAGACGCCGUUUGCGGCGGUUCAGGACCUCAUCGAUGGCGAUGCACCGCUGAGCGAGCUGAGGAUCAUUCGCGACUGGCUCUCGUCCACGCUCGUCUGCACCCACCCCGUCGAGGUUCGCAAGGGCUAUUGGCCCUUUACCAAGAACCGUCUCCGAAACGACAAGCGCACGACGUCGACGUCGUCGGGACGGGGUGGCAGUGCCGGUAAGGGUCUGGGCCUGGGCAAAGCAGGAGGGACAGGCAAGGGCAUCAGGGCGCUGGAUCCAGACGCACCGACGAGGGAAGCCUCUGCGCUGGAGCUGGAGGACGGCAUCUACGAAAAGGCGCUAAAUCGGACUCUGUUUGAAUAUGUCCGGGCCGGGCAGCUCGAUGCUGCUCUCGACCUGGCUAGGCAAUCGGACCGGAGCUGGCGGGCGGCGAGCCUCAGGGGUGCCCUCCUCUACUGGCGACCCGGACUGGAUGAUACCCAAGAGCUGACGGAGCCAAUGGGCAACGAGAACCGGGCGCUGUGGAAGGCCGUGUGCCGCUCCAUUUGCACACGGGCGGCUUUGGACGAAUACGAGAAAGCCCUGUAUGGCGCACUUUCCGGCGACUUGCGCUCAGUCAUCCACGUCAGCAAAUCUUGGGAGACGCAGCUGUGGGCCCACGUCAAUGCUCGAUUGGAGGCUUCGAUCGACGCCAAACUCGACGCUCGAGGUGCCUGGUGGAGCCAAGACGCCGACUCGACCUUUCCCGGCACCAAUGAUGUUGGCGCCGUCAAGCUCGUCGAGCUCAGCAUUCCAAGCGUCGGUGUAGACGGCGUCAACAGCAGCAGCGGCGAUGGGGCGGGCAAAAAGGCAGCUGGCGAGCCCUUGACGGUAGCAGAGGAGCUGCGCAACGUCUUUGGCAGGCUUGGCCAGACUGAGCAGCACGGCAUACAGGCCCAGUCCAAUCAUCCAUUCCGCGUUGUGCAAAAGGCCGUGAUUCUGGACGAGGUCUCGGAGCUGCUCAUCCACGUAGAACCGAAGCUGGCCGAGAUGAGGGUCACCGCGGCACCCCAGCAGUAUGCGCGGCUGGUGCGUUUCUUUGCCCACCUCAUCCUCUUUCUGCGUCUCCUCAGGCUUGAGCGGCCUCCUCCGGACGUCGUCUGCAAUUCCAUCUUGCGCGCUUACGUCGAGAUUCUCGAGGGAUAUGGCGAGGAUGACCUCGUCGCUCUGUAUGCGAGCUCCUUGGGUCCCGAGAGCGCGACGGAGAGCUAUGCGCACUAUCUCAAACUCAUGGAUGUCAACGAGCCGCUGGAGCACCGACGAGCUGCGCUGCGACGGGCCGAGGAGCACCACCUCGACGUGGCCGCCGUUGCCCGGUCGACGGUGGCCAUGAUCUUCGACGAAGUGUUUCCCUCGAUUCCCUCGCUCUCGGACUUUGCAAUGUCGUCCUUCGAGGCCGGCCUGUCGCUGGGCGAAGAGCGGCUCAUCCGGGCCAUUGACUGGCUCACCUUCCAUCCCUUGACGCACUUUGACGCCAUCGUGCAGACCAACACGCUCAUGCGCCUCUUUCUCAGCUCGGGCAAGGUGCACGCCGCCCGGACGCUGCUGUUUGAGCUGCCGGCCGACGUCGUCGGUCAGCUCGAGACCAUUGCCGAGGCCAAGCCAGACGAGGCCGUUGAAUUCGUGCACUGGAGGAGCUUCUUUGAGGCUCUCAAUGCCCACCUUCAGUACCUGGAGCUUUGGAGCAAGAGGCCUGCCCCUCAUUCGGCCCAUACGCGCGUUUCAAAGAUGGACACGCACGCCUGGACUACGGCCCUGUCCAACGUCGUCGAGACGGCACGCCAGAGCAUCGUCGACGUGCUCGAGAUGGACUGGCUCAAGAUCGAUGGCCAGGCCGACGCCGCCGCCGCGAUGCUGACGAUUGACGACGAGCGGAGAUGGGUCGAGCUGGCGAGGAUCCGGCAGAUCUAUGUGCCCGAGCUCGUCUUUAGGCUGCACCACAUGCUCUUUGACACGAGCGACGUCCUGCCAGGGAAUCUCGCAGCUGUUCUGAAGCUGCCGAAUCUCGUGGCCGACGAGCGACACAAGCUCUACCUCGAGUUCAUCGGCGCCAGUGGCUCGCAGAACCGGCUCAAAGAGUACCUUUCUUUCGUCCGAGCCGCACACCUCGUUGGCCUGGAUCGCGACCCGGAUGCGUUCCGGCUAGCAAGCGACUGAGAGAGGGAGAGAAAGGAUUACUUGUGAUAUUAUCGAGGCACAAUCAAAAGCUGCUAUAGAGGACAGGAGGGAGAUCUAGGGCGAUACGAGAGGGUGAAAGAGAGCGAGAGAGAUACUUUGACUUGGUCUGAUGCGAUGAUGAGUGAGUGGUGGUGGGCAGAUUGGGAUGAGCUUCAGGGGAGCAGGCGGUCGACGGCUGCGCUGAACUCGCGGGCCGUGAGCUUGGGUGGGUUGAAAAAGUGCGGCGGCAGGGGCUGGCCCCGGGCAAGAGCCC